GUGCGCUGUGUCCCUCGGACACAGCGGAUCACCGAUCAAUGGAAAGAGCUGAAGACGUCGGCUCGGUUAUGUGAUCAGCUGUGUCCAAUCACAGCUGAUCACAUGGCACUGAUGAUCAGUGUAGACCCAGCAGUGCCACCUGUCAGUGCUCAUCCAUGCCGCCUGCCAGUGCCCAUCAUUGCCACAUCAAUGCUACAUAUCAGUGCCUACCAGUGCACAUCAAUGCCACAUAUCAGUACCCAUCUGAGCUGCCUUUCAGUGUCACCUAUCAGUGCCAGUCAGUGCCACCUAUCAGUGCUGCCAAUCAGUGCCACCUAUCAGUGCCAGUCAGUGCCACCUAUCAGUGCACAUCAGUGCUGCCUAUCAGUGCCCAUCAGUGCUGCCUAUCAGUGCCGCCUAACAGUGCCAGUCAGUGCCACCUAACAGCACCAGUCAUUGCCGCCUUUCAGUGCCCAUUAGUG